UAUUGGUAUUAAUUUCUCAUCAUCCCAGGUGCUGCAUAGAAACGCCAGAUCACUCUUUCACUGACUAAAGCCGUCUUCAUUCUCAACCCAACCACCCAGUCUUGAGCUACCUUGAACAAAAGACAGACGUAAACAGCACCAGUUUUCAUCUGCAAGGACUUUAGCGACUGUACGCCACUUGUGGAGUUUCUGGCGCUUUCAGUGAAACGUCUCCCCCACACCUUAUCGGACCCUAGCCUUUCCAUAUAGAAAGUUCUAAAACAUCCUCUUAGGGAAGCGGUUCUACUUCUUUCAAAAGACCAUAAACUUGAGAAUCCUGUUGGAGCGUCAAUAUCACAACCGCCGAGAUGGUUCGCGAGAGUGGCAUCUCGGCCACAAAACCUAUUUUCCCCAAUUUCUUACUACCCAGUAUCAAGCUUCCCUUCUCCCGUCGCCACUCGGCAUCCUCGAGCUCAGCAGAAUCUGCUGCAUCGUCAGCGGUGACAACGCCAGCAAGUUCACCCCCGAACGAUGGUCAUUUAGCAAAGGCCGGUCGCAACCGACUAUCUCGUACCUCGCCGAACACGUUACGUUGCUCAACAUGCUCCGCAGACAUCGCCUUUGCCUCCCAGGUCAUCUCGAAGGGCUUCACCGGCCGAUACGGUCGAGCGUUUCUUGUCGCGCCACCCGCUCUCCCUGCCCCUCAGACUCUGAGUAACAUACGGAUUGGCAAGAGUGAGAACCGACAACUUGUGACAGGUUGGCAUGUUGUUGCAGAUAUCAAUUGUGGGGCAUGCUCGAGUAAACUUGGUUGGAAGUACGUGGAUGCCAAGGAACAAGGCCAGAAGUACAAAGUCGGCAAGUUUAUACUGGAAAUGGAGCGAGUCGUCACAUAUAGAAGCUGGGAAGACGCCAUCGAUGAACAUGAAGAGGAGCCUCCCGCGACAUCCAAGAAGAGUAGCGAUAACGAGGUUGAGUUUGAUUCGGACAAUGAUGAUGAAUGUGAGGAUAUUUUUGCGGGGACUUGGGACCCUGAAGUUGUCGAAGGGAGGCGAAGGAGAAUGAUGGCACGUCGAAGUCAAGCCGAGAGUGACGAGUAGUCAUCGUUGCUGCGGUAUUGUCUCGAAAUGAUGAACUGGACUUGAGUUAUGCAUUGGAAUGGCGUCAAGGGAUGCAUAUUGGAUACGACACGGGACAGGGCAGAUACCCAAGUGAAGGCUGGGUGCAAGAGCAACAGUGCCAGUCAAUAGAUUGAUUUGCCCCAUAGCAUUUAGAAAUUGUUAUGAAUUAGACCCAUGUCUCGCUCU